AUGGCAAAGAAAGAUAGACAUGUGAACUUACUGCUGAUUACUGACAAUUAUGAUGAAUCUGAAACUGCAGUCCGCUAUCACUACGUAUGGAUAAAGAACUUAUCAAGGCUCUUAUCGAAACAGUUGAGUAAGGAACAUGGUCAAAAGUACUUUUGUACAGAAUUACAGAAACAUACUGAGGAUUGUGCGAAAAUGAAAGAAGCAGCUAUAAAGAUGCCAGAGCCUGGAAAAGAUAUUUUGAAAUUUAAAAAUUUCAAAAACAAAGAAAGGGCUCCAUUCGUCGUAUACGCCGACUUGGAAUCCAUUCUGAAGCCUACUGAUGAUCCUAAAAAAAUUCAACAUCAUAUUCCGGCAGCUGUGGGUUACUACUUGAAGUGCUCAUACGAUGACACUCUAUCCUUCUAUAAGGCAUAUCGUGGGGAGGAUUGUAUGCAAUGGUUCGCUGAUGAGUUGAGUCAACUAGCUGAAGAUAUGACUACAGUGUUUUGGUGUCCAUUCGACAUCGAUAUGACUGUAGAGCAAGAAGUUGAGUUUCGAAGAGCUACACACUGCCACAUCUGCGGAAAGCCCUUCACUCCCGAAGAUAAAAACAUAUGCGAUCAUAACCAUCUCAUACCAUGUGAUAAUUAUCGUGGCCCCGCGCAUGAAGGGUGUAAUAUAAACUAUAAGGACUCUCAUUCUAUUCCUGUUGUUUUUCAUAACUUCAGUGGAUAUGACGCACACUUCAUCGUUGGAGACAUCGCUACAAGAAUGGCUGGAAAGGUUGAUCUACUCCCAAUAACCAAAGAAAAGUAUAUUUCCUUCACAAAACACGUUGAUGAUGCACCAAUUCAAUUCAGAUUCAUCGACUCGAUCCGUUUCAUGGCUUCUUCAUUAGAUAAACUAACAUCGUAUCUUCCAGAGUUCCCCAAUCUAAAGUCGCAGUUUGCCGAUGUGCCUAUGCAACACUUCAAACUUUUAAGGAAGAAAGGAGUUAUGCCAUAUGAUUAUAUAGAUUCAUUUAGUCUAUUCGAUGAACCAGCUUUACCAUCUCAGGAUAAGUUUUAUAAUAAACUGGAAAAUAAGCUCUGCCCCAGACGUUUUUAUCAACGAGCUCAGGAUGUAUGGACCACCUUCAACUGCCAGAAUCUGGGUGAUUAUGUGGACUUAUAUAUGAAGACUGAUAUUCUCCUGCUAGCUGAUGUCUUUGAAAUGUUCAGAACCUGCAUCCUCAACUCACAUAAACUCGAUCCUACACAUUAUUUCACGUUACCCGGCUACACGUGGGAUGCUAUGCUGAAGUAUACAGGGAUUAAGUUAGAACUUCUCACCGAUGUUGAUAUGUUCCUCUUUGUUGAGCGUGGAAUACGAGGUGGGCUCAGCCAAGUUUGCUCAAAAAGGAGGUCGCAUGCAAAUAACAAGUACAUCAACAAUUACGAUCCUUCCAAACCAACAACUACUAUGAUGUCAACAAUCAGUAUGUGUGGGCAAUGA